GGGCAGGAAGAAGCAACAAAAUGCCGAUGGAAUUUUUAGACCGAUUCCCGAUCCCGAGCCUUCGGGUCUACACGACUAUCAGUUUCGGCGUCCUAUCCUGUUCGGUGUUCUACGCUGCUCAAAUUAUCAAGGAUCCUGGUUGGAAAAGUAAUCACACGUACGUGGAGACCGAAACGGAUACCAUAGCCGGCGAUGUCGAGUCCGAUCCAAGAAAUCUUGGAAUGCAUUUGAAGGAACUACUUGAAUGCAUGCUCGAUGAGCCGAUCUGCAUCUGGACACUAAUUAAUAUGGCGUACUGCGUGUUAAUCCUUCUGGGUAAAUCGAUCCAGAAGCUCGUGUUCGGUGAACUUCGAGCUUCGGAGAGGCAACACCUGAAGGACAAGUUUUGGAACUUCGUCUUUUACAAAUUCAUCUUCCUAUUCGGGGUGCUGAACGUGCAGUAUAUGGACGAAGUUGUCCUUUGGUGGGCAUGGUUCACGGCGCUCGGGUUCCUAAGUCUGCUCAGUCAACUCUGCAAGGAUCGAUUCGAAUACUUAUCGUUUUCACCAACAACACCAGGUUGGAGUCAUGCAAGACUUCUUGGACUUCUUGGUGCAAUUUUGGCAUUAUCCUCUUUCAUGCUGCUACUUUGCACAGCUGCAGCCUUUUUCUUCGUUUCAUUCAACACAUUUGUCUUUACUGCAGCUGAGUGCAUUCUGUUAGGUGUCAGAACAAUUCAUGUGAUGGUGCGUUACAUUAUUCACCUAUAUGACACACGGGGAGCUGGAACACCCUCACAGCGUUCCUGGGACAAGAGAGGUCCUUUAACUUAUUAUACAGAUCUAUCGGCAGAGCUAAUAGUGUUAGCUGUGGAUUUCCUCCAUCAUAUCCACAUGCUACUUUGGAGUAACAUCUUGUUGAGCAUGGCCUCCCUUGUAAUCUGUAUGCAGCUUAGGUACCUCUUCUACGAAAUACAGCGCAAAAUUACAAAACACAGAAACUAUCUUGCUGUAUUGAAUCAUAUGGAACAGAAUUAUCCAAUGGCAACACAGGAAGAACUAGCAGAAAAUUCAGACAAUUGUGCUAUUUGUUGGGAGAAAAUGGAAACUGCACGAAAGCUACCUUGUGCUCAUCUCUUUCAUAAUUCUUGUUUGCAAUCUUGGUUAGAGCAGGACACAUCUUGCCCAACCUGUAGACUUGCUUUAAGUAUGCAACCUAAUCACCGUGAAAACACGCAAGAAUUACCAGCUGAGCCACAAACACCGGCAAGACGGAACGAAAAUCAUUUCUUUCAUUUCGAUGGCUCAAGAUAUGUUUCCUGGUUACCAAGCUUCUCUGUCGAAGUCUCUCAUAAUAGAUUGCGUGGAAAUAUUUCUACUAUUGCGCAUAACAACUCCCAAAUGGAUGCUAUGAUACGACAGGUGCAGCAAUUAUUUCCGCAUUUUCCGCGCAACCUAAUUGUAGAAGACCUCAGGAUGACAAGAUCAGUUGAAUGGACCGUUGAGAACAUUCUUGAUGGAGUAUUGAUACCACCUCAUCAUUUAAUUGAAGAAUCGCAUUUGGAAUCCGUCCCGCAGAUCCAUACGAAUCCUGAGAUUAGUGUUUCCUUGAAUACCCCUUCAAUGCCGUCAUCCUCCGAUCCAAGGUUUGACAUUCCUAUUGCUGACAGCGGCGAAGAGCCUUCCAACCUAGGAGGACGAUUUUCUAAAUCUUCAACCGAAAGAGAGCUCAUCCUUCAACGUCGCAAAGAGCACAUGAUACUCGGUGCUAGGAGGAGAUACUUCGAGAAACGUCGAAAAAAGCAUGAAACUGAACAACAACGUGUCUCUAACGCCACUUCUUAAAAUAGGAAAAACAGAGAAAUACAUGUUGAUACAAAGUUUGAUUUUUCGUGCUUCGUAGCAGCUAUCUUUUUCGAAGUGUGUAUACGACUGAUUUUCUUUGGUAACGCGUCCAUUGGCGUCUACUUAUUUUUGUUCACCUUACAAGUCUUGCUUACUCUUAGUUUUGAGAAAACCACAUUUCCUUAUUCAGUGUGUUUGUUCCUAAAAUUUUUUUAACAAUUUUAAUUAUUAUUACACUUAAGAAAAAUAAUAUUUAGAGGCACAGAUUUUUAUUUGUUUCUUUCCUUAGUUUCCAUAGACAUUUUUGUUUCGCAUUGUCAUAAAUAUUUGUCGUUUUAAGUUUAAUUUCACCACAUCUAAAAAUGCAUUCAUUUGGAAGUUGUAUGCUUUUUUUCUUGAGAAAAAUACUUUCCUUAAGAAUACACGUUUUUUAAAUCUUAAGUAAAAUUAACUUAAAGUAUUAACUGUUUAAUUCUUUAGCUUUAGUAAGGAAAAUUUAACUUAAAAGUAUUACUCGCUUAAUUAUUUUUUUAUUCUGUAUUUAUUCAUGUAAUUGUUAAGUGCUAUAACGAUUUCGAAACUUUUAAUUUUUUUCCAAUAAAUUUUCCCAGGAUUCUUUAUAUUGUAUUUUUUUUUUAAUACGUCCUUGGGAAAUUUAAUUUCGUAUUAUAAGAAAAUAACCUUUCGCUAAAAUUAUUAUUUUUUAGAUUCUAAGAAAAGUUACUUAGAAUUUUUGAUUACAUUUUCUUAAGAGAAAUAUUUUUCUUGGGAAUCAUAAUGUAAUUCCAGUUUUAGGUUAUUUUCUUUAGAAUCUUCAUUUUCUGUUCGUAAGAAAAUGAAUUUUCUUAAAAAUAGAGAAAAGUGAUUUUAACGUAUACUAUCGAUUGGUUGUGAAUUAUAUACUCAUCGGUGGAUUAGAGGACUGAUAAAGAUAAGAAUGUACUGUCGAAGGUAAUAUUUCUUUUUUUUUCAUAUUCUAUUUCAUAUAAGUAAGAAAUAAAAACAUAUAGCGUUUUUACUAGUGAAUGAUUACUAUAAUUUUGUUAUUAAUUUUAUUAUAAUAUUUUAUGUUUGAUUUUAGAGAUAAUACAAGUAAUCGUAAGUAAAUAUUUACAUUGUUCGAGAAAAUUAUAUUUAAAACACAUAUGUUUGCAAAUAAAAUAUUGUUUAUUAGGGUAUAAAAAAUAAAAAUUUGUGUUUUCUUUUUGCAAUAGAAUUACAUUUUUUUAUCAAUUCUACGAGCAUAUUUUCCUAGCAGCAUUUUAUUUUCUUUGGAAAACACUAUUUUAAAUUGUAUCUGAAUGUUAUCGAAAUACAAAUUCAAGAAACAUUUCACAUAUAAAAAAACACUCUGAGUAGAAUAUGUGAAAUCAAUAAUUUCUUUGGCGAAGUAUUUUUAUUUAAAUUCCCAUUAAUAUAUUCUAUUAUAAAUAUAUACAAUGAAAAGAACCUUGUACUGCUCACAACGAAUAAAGAUUAUAAGAAUGAAUUGUUCGAGUGCCAUGAAAAUAAUGUAAAUUAUGAAAAUAUUCGAAUGAUAUGUUACAACAAUUUGUAUAUGUUGUAUUUUGCUGAAAAUCAUUCUGUUUUUUAAGCGCUCAUUCGGCAACAAAUCAUGCGUCAUUUAAAAAUUACACGGACAUUUUAUUCUCAAAUUUGAAUAUUAGGUAGUUUGAAAUUUCUCCUAAAGCUUACGGUAUGAAAAUGAAGAGUACGCAUCUUUUAAUCAGUUUUAACAUAUUUUAAACAAAAAUUUAAAACAUACACAGGGUGUGGCUGAACGGGUGGUACAGCCCAAUAGAGGGUGAUACUACAUGUAAAAAUAAGUUGAAAAAAAGGAAUAACAUUUUUUCGUUUGACGCUUCGUUUUCGAGAAAAACGAGUUUGACAAUUCUAUCCAGUACGCGUGCACUGGACCGUCUCCCCAAGUCAUUGUUCGCUACAAGUUUCCUUACGUUUUUUCUUCCACCAUACGACUUUCCUCUACUUUUAGUCUGUUUCGAUCAGUCAAGCUGAGACAAUGUCUACUUAUAGCAACCGUGAAUACGUCGAAAUGAUAAAAGCAUUAGGAGCUUGUCCGAAAUGUAACAGCAGCAGCUGAAUAUUAUAGGCAACAAUUUUUAAAUCUCAGAAACAAAUGAGAAUUCUCUUCAAUUGAAGAAAAAAAUAAUAAAUGAUUUUAAUUAUAUAAAGUAUCCAAGUUCAUUAGCGUCAGUUCAUGACUCACUAAUAAGGCGAGCAAUGAUAUGUACGCGACAACAAGGACAGAACUUUGAACAUUUUAUUCAAUAAUGUUGUUCAAUAAUGUUAUGUAACGUUAGAAACGUUAAUAAAAUUAAUAAAUGUAUUGUCCAUAAAUAACCAUUUCUUAUUUAUAGUACAUAUCUAAACCUAGAGGCGGUAUAGUACACGCGUACUGGAUAGAAUUUUCAAACUUGACUUUCUCGAAAAGGAAGCGUCAAACGAAAAAAUGUUACCUCUUUUUUUAGACUUAUUUUUACAUGUAGUGUCACUCCCUGCUCGGUUGCACCACCCGUUCGCCAACGCUCUGUAUACAGAGUGUCUACGUAUAAGUUCGGACAUAGGCAGGGUGUCAAUUCUACAAGAAAUUUCCAACAAAAAAUUACUCUUACACAUUUUCUUUGUGUCGACUUAUUUUCGAGUAUUUUCACUUUUAAUUUUUUUUCCUGUGUUUUCGACUUGACACUCUUUAAACGACCAUAACUCCACCAAAUUACUGCGCAAACUUAAAACUAGGUAUACCAUUCGAAAGAGCGUUCAAUUUCCCACCUCUCUGAUGCAAAACGAAAAUUUAUUACAUAGAUUUAACAAGUGAAAAAUUAGGUAAAUCUUUACAUUGUGACAAUUUCAAAAAAUUUGACUUUUUCUCUAUCUAUUUUUCGGUUUCAAUACAUAGUUGUUUGGCGGGCACUCCUCGGGAAAAACUUCCUCGAAGUCCCAGGUUUUGAAUGGUAUUGUCAAAAAAAAUGAUACGGUGGUAUUUUAGGGAGAAAAUGACGUUUGAAUGCAGAAAAGCGUACGUUUUUAGGUGAAAAUCGACAUUUUUCACCAAAAAUCGACUUUUCACUUAAAAAUUAGCUUAACAUCGGGUUUGAUGUAUUUUUUGGUGACACAUGCGAGCCUCCCCAAUUAGGGAAAAAACUGGUUUUUUGACACCUCAAGUAUGAGUGCGAAGUGAAUAAUAACCCAGAUAGCACCGAACGUCCCAUGGACGUCCAUUUUAUGUCCAGUUUACGUCCAAACGUCCGACGUCCUUAGGACGUCCAUGGGACGUAAAUUUUGUACGUCUCAGGGACGUCCGGCCGGAACGUCCUGCGAACGUCCAUGGGACCUAAAUUUUGUACGUCCCAGGGAUGUCCGUUUUGAACUUUCUAGAUUUAGGGAAAAAUACUUUUUUUUAAACAAAAUAAAUAUUAUUUAUUAACAUUCUUUAUAAUAUAAUAUUUAUUCAAUAUGUAGAACAGAAUAUUUUUUUCCGAAUAUAAAAUACACUAUUUACAAUUGCAAAUUAAUAUUAAUUAAUUAAUUCAUUAAUUGCUUAAUAUUAUUAUACCAGAUAGCACUGGACGUCCCAUGGACGUACAGAGAACGUACAGAAAACGUUCUGGAAAUGUCCAGCACCGGACGUCCCCUGGACGUACAGAAAACGUUCUGGGAAUGUCCAGCACCGGCCGUCUCAUGGACGUACAGAAAACGUUCUGGGAAUGUCCAGCACCGGACGUUCCAUGGACGUACAUAAGACGUUCCUGUUCCUGUGCUAUCUGGGUAUACAAUCAUUAUUUAAUAUUCGCAACAGAAUAUUUUUUUCCGUAGAUAAAACAGAUAUUUAUCUAAUAUUCGCAACAGAAAAUUUUUUUCCUUAGAUAAAACAGAUAUUUAUCUAAUAUUCGCAAUAAAAUAUAUGUUUGUACAUGUAAAACAAAAUGUUUAUUCAAUAUUAGGAAUACAAUAUUUUUUGUACAUAUGAGAUGUGAUAUGUAUGUAAUAUUUGGAACUAUUCAGAAUUACCUAGUAUAUUAAUUCUUCUAACUUUUCAAAAAAAAGUUCGUCAUUUAGACCAAUUUCAAAAGAAGGAAUUGUGUUUUAAAAAGUGUCCGAAUAUUAAUGCGAUCAGUAUAUAAGCCUAAAAUAUGAGUCGGUUUAGCAAAGUCGUUUAUGGGUAAGUGAGGAAGCAGGUUGCGUUGUAGUUCGAAAGUCCGUGAGUUCGAAUCCCGCCGGAGGUUAAAUAAAAAUUGGAAGAUUUGUUGUUCGUCGUUUUCAUGGAAUCCAGUUACAAGAAAUAAAUACAGUUAACUAAAAAUCCACCAACAAAUAAAAGAAGAUAUAUAAAAUUUAAAUUUAAUUUUUUUUAUACCUCAAUUUUACAGAGAACGUUCUGGGAAUGUCCACAUCGGACGUCCCAGGGACGUCCCGAACGUCCAGUACCGGACGUCUUAUGGACGGUACAUAAGACGUACCUGUGCUAUCUGGGAAUUGUUUUUAAACAUGUAUCCAUAGAAUUUUCAUUUUUAGAGACUGUUUAAUAAAAAUGUACCUCGGUAUACCGAUAAAUGAUACGGAGAUUGGAACACGAUCGAUUUCACAAAGCAAAAAAUCGAUUUUUUCGCCGCAGGAGAGCCGAUAAAAGAGUCUAAAUUUGAAAACAUAGUUUAUUGGAACAAGAGAAAGGGAACCGUAUGGUCCGCUAAAUUCCAAUAAUAAUACUUUAUUUAUUAAAUUAAAAGUUAAGGUAAAAAAAUUCAGAAUAGAUACAAAUUUUUAUUGAUUUAAGCUUUCAAAAUGCCCGCCUCCUAAAUCAAAACUUGAAUCAAUAAAAAUUUGUAUCAAUUCCGAACUUUUUUUAUCUUAAUUUUUAAUGUAAUAAAUGAAGUAUUAUUAUUAGAAUUUAGCGGACCUUACGGUUCCUGGGAAGGCUCGCAUGUGUCACCAAAAAAUACAUCAAACCCGAUGUUAAGCUAAUUUUUAAGUGAAAAGUCGAUUUUUGGUGAAAAAUGUCGAUUUUCACCUAAAAACGUACGCUUUUCUGCAUUCAAACGUCAUUUUCUCCCUAAAAUACCACCGUAUCAUUUUUUUUGACAAUACCAUUCAAAACCUGAGACUUCGAGGAAGUUUUUCCCGAGGAGUGCCCGCCAAACAACUAUGUAUUGAAACCGAAAAAUAGAUAGAGAAAAAGUCAAAUUUUUUGAAAUUGUCACAAUGUAAAGAUUUACCUAAUUUUUCACUUGUUAAAUCUAUGUAAUAAAUUUUCGUUUUGCAUCAGAGAGGUGGGAAAUUGAACACUCUUUCGAAUGGUAUACCUAGUUUUAAGUUUGCGCAGUAAUUUGGUGGAGUUAUGGCCGUUUAAAGAGUGUCAAGUCGAAAACACAGGAAAAAAAAUUAAAAGUGAAAAUACUCGAAAAUAAGUCGACACAAAGAAAAUGUGUAAGAGUAAUUUUUUGUUGGAAAUUUCUUGUAGAAUUGACACCCUGCCUAUGUCCGAACUUAUACGUAGACACUCUGUAUAUAUAAAUUUACGGCUACCACAGUAAACACCAAAGUAUGUAUUAUUACGCUUUUUAAAACGAUUAUUUUUGAGAAUAUGCGCUGUACACACAUUAAAAUUUAUUGUCAUAUUUUCAUGUUUCUUCGCAUAUAAAUUACAUAAUACGUUCGCUGCCAUGCGAGUUUUCUAUGUUUUUUCGUUCAUGCUGGAUACCGUAGAGGCGUUCUAGUUAUCAUCAACAUUUGUUCAAAUUACAGUGUGGAAAAUAAAAACAUUUAAUACUUGA